UCAGUGUUGUCCGAGAUAUCAAGCAGUUCACACACAACAUACGCAGUAUGUGUUAAAAGUAGAAGGUAAAAAUAUAUUAUACAAAGACAUUCUGAUGACAUGGCGGCACACGGGUAAAGAAAAGUUUCUGGUAUUUUACCGAAAAUACAAUUUCAUCGACUUUAUUUCGUAAGAAUUUUGUGAUUCUAAGUGAGUAUGGCUACGAUAAAAUUGGUGUCAUACGAGGACGAACUGAAGAAGAAUCCCGAGUUGAAGAAGUCGGACGUAGAAGCGUUAAGAGAAUGGUGCGAGAAGCAGCCUCACCUGCCGAAAAUAUCGGACAGCAUGCUGGCGUUGUUCUUGCACAGUAAUUACUACCGACUCGAACCGACGAAAGCCUGUAUCGAAGUUUACUACACUACCAGGAGCCACGUCCCCGAAUUCUUCAACGACCGGGACAUUAUAAAUAACAAAGAGCUGAAAAGGGCCUCUCAAUUAACAACAUGCCAGAUCUUGGAGAAAUCUACCCAGGAAGGCUACACAAUAAUUUAUAUACAAAUAAUAGACAGCGAUCCGGCACAAUUCCUUCACAACGACGCCUUCAAAUUGCUCAAUAUGGUGAUCGACCUGUGGCUCUACAUGAAAGGUACAUGCGACGGCCAUGUUAUAGUAAUCAACAUGAGCAACAUUUCUUUCGGUCACGUCAGCCGUCUCAGCCCUAUGGGUUUCAAGAAGUUUUUUUACUAUCUGCAAGAGGGAUUGCCAGUCCGACUUCAAGGCGUGCACUUCAUAAACACCUUUCCGAUAAUAGACAUUAUCUUGAAUAUGAUGAAACCCUUCAUGAAGAAACAACUAAUGGAUAUGUUGCGUAUGCAUAUCACAAACGAAACUCUCAAGAAAUUCAUACCGCUUGAUGUCCUCCCGAACGAAGCGGGCGGCAAAGCCGGUCCUAUCUUGGAAUUACACGACAGACAAAUGAAAAAGUUAAUAGAUUACACCGCUUGGUUCAAGGAAGAAGAAACCAAUAGCCGCGUCAAUGAAGCUUUCAGACCCGGCAAAGAAAAGACAGCGGAGGAUUUGUUUGGCGUUGAAGGAAGUUUUAAAAAACUCGAAAUCGACUGAAAUCGAACGAUUUACGUCUACUGAUCUAUGUCGUUUAAUAAAGCACUUCCGGAUAUAUCUA